CGCUAUAUUGCCUAUACCCUCGCGAAUAUAACUGCGGACUGUGCCUUCUUACAAGACAUCUGGCGAGAGCGUUCUAUGUCUGAUAUCCCACUGCAUAUACUCGGACGAAAAUACGGAUCUAAAGUCGCGGCAUACUCUGCUCUUCCUGGUGACGACGGACUGGACGGCGGUCCUUCUACUGCUUCUAACGAACUCGCCAAGGGGGGACGUAACAACAACGCACAGAGAACUAUGCCUAUGAGCGCGCGUGCUGCAGCAAUAGCCUCGGGAUCGCGGCGGAAGAGGGGCAACGAGCGGUACGCCGAUGACCCGGAGGAGCAAGCUGGACUGCUGGCCGAUGAGGGUGAAGAGAGUGAGGGGGCCUAUAGAGAAGAUCCGGACCAGGAGGCGAGAUCAGUGGAGGAACAACCUCGACCUCCGUCGAGACGCAGUCAAUUGAGCAGUAAGGAGAAGGGGAAGGACAAAUCGCGAACAGUUCCGUUUCGUCCACCAGACAAGCUGCAGUCACGUUUCCCCCCGAACAUCGUUCGGAACCAGAAAUAUAACGCGUUCACGUUUCUCCCCAUCGUAUUCUACGAGCAGUUCAAGUUCUUCUUCAACCUAUACUUUCUUCUCGUCGCAUUAUCACAAUUCGUACCUGCAUUGAAGAUCGGCUUCAUCGCGACCUAUGUCGCUCCCCUCGCGUUUGUCCUUGUUGUAACGAUGGGCAAAGAGGCGUACGACGACUAUUGCCGUUACCUCCGAGAUCGCGAAGCGAAUUCCACUAAAUACUCCAUCCUCGCACCACCCUCAUCCUCUUCCGCAUCACACGUAACCUCUCCCAUACCGUUUCCUAUGUCCGCCCUCCAAUCGGUCCCAUCAUCCGCACUACGCGUGGGCGACCUCCUGUUACUCGAGAAGAACCAGCGUGUACCGGCGGAUAUGGUCUUAUUGCGCACUAGUGACGCGUCGGGAACCUGCUUCAUUCGCACGGACCAGCUAGACGGAGAGACAGACUGGAAGCUACGCGUCGCGGUACCUGCUACCCAAGCUUUACCCAGUGACGAGGCCCUUCUAAGUCUCGAAGGCGAAGUCUAUGCCGAUCCACCCAUCAAGGACAUACACACAUUCAUCGGAACCUUUACGGUUAACACGCCAGCAUCCCAGUCCUCUAGCGCCUUCCACCCUCGCGCUCCAAGCACAAGGCAUUCGUCCAACUCGCGACAAUCGGAGGACACCCGCGAAGAUGAUGUCCCAUUGGUGCCAGUCCCUCAGAUAUCUCCUUUGACUGCGGAAAACCUUCUAUGGGCGAACACGGUCUUGGCAGCAGGAUCGGCCAUUGGCCUAGUAAUUUACACCGGUCCAGAGACUAGGGCAGUCAUGAACACGAGCCAUCCAAAGACGAAGGUCGGGCUGCUAGAUAUUGAGAUUAAUCGACUUGCGAAGAUUCUUUGCGCUGUGACGUUCGCCCUAUCGCUGGUACUUGUUGCGCUAAACGGUUUCCGGGGAUUGUGGUACAUUUACGUUUUCCGAUUUCUCAUUCUCUUCUCGUCCAUCAUCCCUAUCAGCCUUCGCGUCAAUCUCGAUAUGGGGAAGACCGUCUAUGCACAACAGAUCCAGAACGACCCCGAGAUCCCGGGCACCAUCGUGCGCACUAGCACGUUACCGGAAGAGCUUGGGCGGAUCGAAUACCUGCUGAGCGACAAAACGGGAACAUUGACUCAGAAUGAGAUGGAGAUGAAGAAACUGCACAUGGGGACCAUGUCCUACGGUUUCGACUCCAUGGAUGAAGUUGCACAUCAACUGGCAACGGCCUUCGGAGGCGUUGAGGACGCAGGACACAAGCGACACGGAUCCACUGUCACGGGUAUUCAGUUGGCGACACGAGGCCGACGAGAUAUGUCUUCCCGAGUCCGGGACGUUGUCCUCAGUUUGGCACUCUGUCAUAAUGUCACACCAGUCACCAACGACGAUGGCACCGUCACUUACCAAGCGUCAUCUCCUGAUGAGGUCGCGAUCGUCCAGUGGACGGCAUCCAUCGGCCUGACGCUCGUCUUCCGAGAUCGUACCCGAAUAGAGCUGCAGAACCCUGCGGGCGCCCGUAUGGCAUUCGAAGUCCUCGAGCUCUUCCCCUUCAGCUCCGAGUCGAAGCGAAUGGGAAUCGUGGUUCGCGAAGAGUCCACCGGCGAGAUCACCUUCAUACAGAAGGGGGCCGAUGUCGUCAUGGCCAAGAUCGUGCAGCGGAACGACUGGCUCGAGGAAGAAUGCGGUAACAUGGCCCGAGAAGGUCUGCGAACACUCGUUGUAGGUCGAAAGCGCAUGAGCGACCAGGCGUACGAGGAAUUCAAGCGAAGUUACCAUGAGGCGAGCGUGCAGCUGGAAGGUCGGAACGAGGCGAUGGCGGCGGUUGUGGCUGACGCGCUUGAGCGGGAUCUCGAACUUCUGGGUCUGACCGGCGUCGAAGACAAGCUACAGGAGGACGUCAAAUCAACACUGGAACUGCUUCGCAAUGCAGGAAUCAAAAUCUGGAUGCUGACUGGUGACAAGAUCGAGACCGCGACCUGCAUUGCUAUUUCUACGAAACUUGUCGCGAGGAAUCAGUACAUCCACCAGGUUGCGAAGCUCAAGACGCCGGAGGAAGUCCGUCACCAACUGGAGUUUCUCCAGUCCAAGCUGAAUUGCUGCCUCGUUAUUGAUGGCGAAUCCCUUCAGCUGUGCUUGAACCUGUUUCAGAAUGAAUUCGUGGAGAUCGCCACGAAGCUUUCCGCUGUGGUGGCCUGCCGUUGCUCACCAACGCAAAAAGCUGACGUGGCUCGGUUGAUUCGGAGGCAUACCAAGAAACGGGUAUGUUGCAUUGGUGACGGAGGGAACGACGUCAGCAUGAUUCAAGCAGCGGACGUUGGCGUCGGAAUCGUCGGGAAAGAGGGCAAGCAAGCAUCCUUGGCCGCCGAUUUCUCGGUUACCCAGUUCAGUUUCCUCACCAAACUCCUCAUGUGGCACGGUCGCAACUCGUAUCGACGCUCGGCAAAACUGGCGCAGUUCGUCAUCCACCGCGGCCUCAUCAUCUCCGUCAUGCAAGCCGUCUUUUCCGCCAUAUUCUAUUUUGCUCCAAUCGCAUUGUACCAGGGCUGGCUCAUGGCCGGAUACGCGACAGUAUAUACCAUGGCGCCGGUCUUCUCCCUUGUCCUGGAUAGGGAUGUCAACGAAGACCUGGCAUUGUUAUACCCCGAACUAUACAAAGAACUCACCAAGGGCCGAGCUCUGUCGUAUAAGACGUUCUUUAUGUGGCUGAUGAUCAGCGUAUACCAAGGCGCUGCCAUCAUGAUCAUGUCCUUAGUGCUAUUCGAGAACGAAUUUCUGAACAUCGUUGCGAUUUCCUUCACGGCGCUCAUCCUCAACGAGCUCAUCAUGGUCGCGUUGGAGAUCACUACAUGGCAUAUGUACAUGGCAAUAUCAGAAGUCGCGACUCUAAUCCUAUACGCUGUCAGCAUCAUCUUCCUUCCGGAAUACUUUGAUCUCAGCUUCGUGGUUUCCGUGCGGUUCGCAUGGAAGGUCGCGGUGAUCGUGGCCGUCAGCGCACUUCCGUUGUACAUUAUCAAGCUCAUCAAGAGCCGCGUCGCCCCCGCGGCAUACAGUAAACUGUUGUAAUGUAGCUUAAACUCGCGAGCCAAAUCUUUC